AUGGAGACGGGCCCGGGGAGAGUAGGGGAGAAGUCGACGGCAGGAAGUAGCAAACCAGCAGAAAAGCAACUUGUCCCACCACCAGUCCAGUUUUACAUUCCUCUCAAUGUUGCUCUCUGGGUCACUCUGCUCUCCCACUCCUUCGCCGCUCUACGUGCACCCAUCCAGGACUGCGACGAAACCUACAACUACUGGGAGCCCCUCCACUAUCUCAACCAUGGCUCCGGUCUGCAGACCUGGGAGUACUCCCCGGAGUACAGCAUUCGCUCUUGGGCCUACAUUCUGAUCCAUGCCCUCCCUACCAAACUCAUCCACCUCAUCACCGGCUCUAAGACAUUCGAAUUCUACGGCCUGCGACUUGUCUUCGCCCUGAUAUGUGCCUCCACCGAAGUCCGCCUCUACUCUGCGAUAAGUCGGACGCUGAACCCUCGCAUCGGGGUGUUCUACCUCAUGAUCGCCGCAUUCACCCCCGGCUUCUUCUACGCAUCCAUUGCCUUCCUUCCCUCCAGCUUCGCCAUGUACACCUCAACCCUCGGCCUCACCGCCUUCAUGGACUGGCACAACGGCGGCCCCAAGACCGCCCAGGGAAUCAUGUGGUUCGGCAUCGGCGCCCUCCUCGGCUGGCCCUUCGCCGGCGCACUCAUCCUCCCUUUCGUUUUCGAAGACUGGCUCUCCGCAAUCCUCAUGUCCAAUACCUUCGACCUCUUCCGCCGCUACCUUGACGAGCCCUGGCACUACUACAUCCGCAACCUGCUCCUCAACUUCAACGCCUUCUUUCUCCUGAGCCUCGCCUCCUUUCCCAUGCUCGUCAUUCAAACCCUAUUCUUCCGCGGCCAAACCACAAAACAAACAGUCUUUCGCACCAUAAUACUUCUCUCGCCUUUCUACCUGUGGCUCGCCAUCUUUACCAUGCAGCCCCACAAGGAAGAACGCUUCAUGUACCCGGCCUACCCGUUCCUGGCCCUCAACGCCGCCAUCGCACUACACAUGCUGCUCACCUGGCUCGGCCACCGCCCAACUAACACGAACUCCCUCCUCGCCAAAAUCCCCGCCCGCGCAAAACUAUUCGUCAUCCUCCUGACAGUCUUUCUCACACUCAACAUCUCUCUCCUCCGCACCCUCGGCACCGUCACCGCCUACCAAGCCCCCCUCAAAAUCUACAGCCAUCUGCCAGCUCACAGCCGCUCCUCGCCCUCCACCGGCUCAGUUCCCGCUUCAUCACAAGCACAAGUAAACGUCUGCCUCGCAAAAGACUGGUACCGCUUCCCCACCUCCUUCCUCCUGCCCUCAAAGCCACCACACCGCCCGAAAUUCCUCCCGAGCAAAUUCAAGGGUUUACUGCCAGGGGAGUUCAGCGAGGCAAAGUACACGGUGGGGCUGUUUGGGGGCACGCAUUUGGUUCCGAGUGGGAUGAAUGAUCGGAAUGAGGAGGAUGUGCAUAAGUAUAUCGACAGCGUAGAACAUUGUGACUUUUUGGUGGACUCGUAUUUUCCGAGCAAGGAGGAGGGAGGAGGGGGCGAGGUUGAGAAGGGAGGAAGUGGUGGUCAUGAUGGGGACGUGGAGGAGCCGGCCUAUGUCCUGGAUACGGAGAAGUGGGAGAAGGUGGCGUGCGAGCCGUUCUUGGAUACGGCGAGGAGUGGGGUGUUGGGGAGGGUGAUGUGGGUGCCUGGCGUAGAGGAGUUGGGGUGGAAGGAGGAAGAUUUGCCGAGGUGGAUGCGGAGGGUUUGGGGCGAGCAUUGUUUGUUGAAGCGGAGGAGGGCUGAUGAGGUAUGA